AUGGCGCUGGGAAAGAGGUCGUCCGAGAACGGUCGCCGAGACUCGUUGGUGGACGAUCAAGAUGAUGCCAUCAAUGCCGUUUCGCCCAAGCGCGCACGUACCAGCAGCCGCGUUCCUCUCAGCAACCGCGAGGACCAUAACACUCCCGAGCAAUCGCAGUCUCAGCCGCAGAGCGCUCGUCGUACUGCAACGUCCCAGGCGAUCGCACCGACGGACGGGGAGGACGACGGCAUCGUGACACCAGAUGAAGUCGGCGUGGAGUCAGCAGAAGAGGAUGAAGAUCACGACGAAGAUGAUGACAUGAAUGAAGACGAAGAGGAUGAAAUCGACUCGGACGAGGAUCGAGCCGAAGAAGAGCGACGCCUCGCCGAAGCAGACCAUGGCACGGCGCAGUCGGGUAUCGUCGAAAGAAUUGUGCUGCGCAACUUCAUGUGCCACGCCAACUUCUCCAUCGAUCUCGAACCAAGGCUCAACUUUGUCAUGGGUCGCAACGGCAGCGGCAAGAGCACCAUCCUCACCGCACUCAUGAUUGCACUGGGCGGCAAGACCAGCUCCACCAACCGCGGCGCGAGCCUCAAAGACCUCGUCAAGAAGGGCGAGCACUCCGCCACCAUCACAGUGACUGUGCGCAACCAGGGCAGCGACGCCUUCAAGCCCGAAGCGUACGGCAGUCACAUUGUCAUAGAACGCCGCAUCCUCGCCGAAGGAGGUGGCACGUGGAAGAUGAAAUCGGCCAGCGGCAAGGUGGUUGCGACCACAAAGGCAGAGCUCGAGUCGUUCUGCGACUUUGCCAACAUCCAGCCGGACAAUCCCAUCCACAUUCUCACCCAGGACACGGCUCGGCAGUUCCUGGGCAGCUCCGACCCGGCCGAGGUGUACAAAUUCUUCCUCGAGGGUACUCAGCUCAGCCAACUCGUGCGCGAGUACGACCUCAUCGAGACGCACGUCCGCAGCAUGAAGUCGGCGUUGGCGCUCAAGUCGGGUGCGCUCGAGCAGCUCGAAGCUCUGGCACAGCAGGCGCUUCAACAGUGGCAGAAAGUGCGAGAGACGCGCGGCUACCAAGACAAGAUUGACGCGCUCGACCGCGAGUUUGUCUGGAUUCAAGUACAGGACGCCGAAGAGCAGCUGCAGCAGGCCGUUGAGAAGACCGAACGCAUCCGAUCCAAGCUCGUUAAAUGCGACGAGAGCCUCAAACAGAGUAUGGAAGCGUUGAAAAAAUGCGAAGAACGCAUCGUUCAACUCGAAGACGAGAACAACAACUUCGAAGGUGUCUUUUCGCCCAUCCAGCAGGAGUACGACGAGCUCACGCGCAAAGACAAGGACCUCGCACAGCAGAUCAAGGCCUUCAACUUGCAGGAGCGCGAGCUGAACGACAAGGUUACGGACAUCAACAGAAGCAUCGAGAGGUACGAGGAUCAGAUCCGUGAAGAGACGGCGAAACUCGCGAAGGACGGUCAGUCACGCCGUCAGCAACUCGAAGACGAGCGCCAGACGGUGCAAAGGCAACGACAAGAGCUGCAAGACGAGAUGGUCGACAAGGAAGAGCAGCAGCGAGAGCUCGACGUUAAGAUUGCUGAAGCAUCGCAACACGAAGAGGAGGCUGGCCAGCAUCUGCGUCGCUUAAGGAACGAGUACAGCAUGAACGACUCGCGACUCGCGCAAUUGCGAGAAAGCAGUCGCAAUCGGCUCACCGCGUUCGGCGGGCCCAAAGUGCCGGCCUUGCUCCAAGCCAUCAACAGCGAGAGCGGCUGGAGGGCCAAGCCCAUCGGACCGCUCGGCACGCAUGUCAAGCUCAAGGACAUGCGCUGGCAGAGGGUGCUGGAGAGCGUCAUCGGCAACAACCUCAACGCUUUCUUCGUGUCGAAUCACAGCGACAGAAUGCGUCUCAAGAAGAUCAUGGACCGUGUUGGUGUCCACUCGCCCAUCGUCAUUGGUGCAGAAUCGCUGUUCGACUAUUCUUCGGGAGAGCCACAUCCCGAGAUAACUACCAUCCUCCGCGUCCUCGACUGCGAUAACGAGAUCGUCAAGCGCCAGUUGAUCCUCGCCGUCCACAUUGAACGUGCCGCCCUGGUCGAAAAGCGUGCAGACGGAGACAUGCUCAUGCGAACCCAGCCGCACAACGUUCAGGCGUGCUUUUCUGCCGACAUGUUCAGCAUCAGCGGUGGCCAGGCUGGCUCGCUGUCGGCCGCUUUGCAGGAUCAUAGGGGCGCUCCGCGUCUGUCUCAGAACGUGGGCGAUGUUAUUCGCAGUCUCGAAACCGAGCAGCAGCGACUUGAUCGAGAGAUUGCGGAAUGCACUCGACGGCUGCGCGAGCACAAGCAAGAUAAAGCCGAUUUCGAGCGCACAAAGGACACGUGCAAGCGCGAUCUCAAUAACCUGCGAAGGCGAAAGGAUAUCCUCCGCCAGCAACACAGCCGGCUCGACGAACAGAUGCAGGAGGCGGCGCCUGGCAACAUCUCGGCGCUUGAGGAAGCAAAGCGAGAAGUGGAGGCGGAGAAAGAGGUCAUCUUGCAGCAGUUCCAAGACAUCCAGUCUCAAAAGACGGACAUCGUAGCAAAACGGGCUCCAGUGCAAGAGCAGAUUGAGGCGCUGGAGACGCGAAAGCGCGAGUUCGAGGACAGGAUGGGCGGUCUCCAUGAACGCCUUAAAGACGCUGUGGCCGAACGAGUCAAGCAGAUGAACAACCGCGACCACUGGAAGAAGAAGCACGUCAGCAUCGAAGCUGAGGUUCAGGCGAGCGAGACCGAAGAGGCCAGGCUGGAAGAGGACCAUCAGAACGUCGAGCAGUCUGCGCUGCAGUACUGCGACAGGGUCGAGACCACUCGCACCAUGAUCCAGAUCGAAGCUGAGAAGAAGGAGCUGCAGCUGCUGAAGAAGAAGGCUGCCUCUGAAGCAGGCAUCAGCCUAGAGCAAGCGGCUGAGGAGCUGCAGAAACGAGAAGCCGCUCUGAACGAGGCCAAGGAUGAGGUGAAGAAUAUGAACGAAGCCGAGCGACGACUUCGAAGCUCGCUGGCCGUGCGAUACGCCAAGUGGAACUUCUUCCGUCGCUCGAUCGCUGUGCGGGCCAAAAGCAAUUUCGCACGUAAUCUGGGCACCCGAGGUUACGAAGGCACGCUCAAGUUUAACCACAAGUCGGAAAAGCUCUCGCUCGCCGUCGAUACGCAGGCGCACGAUCAGUCCAACAGAGGGGGUUCGGGAGCGACGCAAACCCAACGCGCAGCACAGCAGCACUCGAACAAGGGCAUGUCUGGAGGCGAGCGUAGUUUCGCCACCGCCUGCCUGCUCUUGUCGCUGUGGCAAGCGAUGAGCUCUCCAAUCCGAUGUUUGGACGAGUUUGACAUCUUCAUGGACCAAGUCAACAGAAGGGUGGCGUUACAGAUGAUCAUCAACGAGGCGAAAGCAACGCCGCACGUGCAGUACAUCAUGAUCACGCCUCAGGAGAUGCCGGACAUGAAAGGCGAGAUGAACGGCGUCAAUAUGCUGGUGAUCAACCCACCAGAGAGGAACGAAGGUGCUUUGGCCGGAUGA